UGACGUCCGGCGGCGGAGUCUGUGGCGUAUCCGACGGUCUGUUUCUCGUACGGUAGCUGGCGGUGUCCUGCCUGCGCGCCUGCUCUGUGGCCAUUUUAGGCUUGGCUUUCAGCGGCGCGCGCCUGUCAGCUCGGCCCUUCCGGCUGCGCGUUGCGAAAGGGCUUUAUCCUUCCGUCUCUGCCGCCUCGCGAGGGCUCGUAUCUAUGGUGGAGAGGCCUGGCGCGGACUAGGACGCCGCCUCUACGGCAGGAUGGAUGCUGCCUCUGCCGCCGCCGCCGCCGCCGCCCCCGCCUGUCGUUCGGGACUGUGGCCCGUCGCCGGCUGCCGAAGCCGUUUCCCUGUGAGGCGCGUCUGCCGGCCCGGGGGUCGGCCCGGGGCCGCGACUCCGCAGCUGGGCAAGGCUGCGACCGCCUAGGCCCCCCAGGCCCGCCGCCGUCCGCCGAGCCCCGCGCGCUUCCCUGAGAGACUGCCCGGAAGAGGGGAGAUGGAGCCGGGAGCAGACGCCUCGCGGAAGGGACCUGCCGCCUGGGCGGCCUCCGGGUCCUGGCUGCUCUUUUUCCGUCGGCGGUCGCCUCUGGCCCCCUCCAAGGUCCGCACAGCCCCGGCCCCCGAGCCCGCCGCCCCCGAGCCCGAGGCUCGGCCCGGCUUCUGGGUGAGGCUGCUCUGCCAGCUCUUCGCGCCGCUCCCCACCCUGCUGCAGAAGCUGCUGCUUUGGAGCCAGCUUUUCGGGGGGCUGGUCCCCACCCGGUGGCUCGGCCUUGCUGGAGGCUACAGCGCCUUGAGGUCGCGGAAGGAGCCGGCUGUCCCUGCGGCGCAGAAGUCGUUGAGUUCGCCGCGACUCGACCCCUUGGACGACAGGGCGGCCAGUCCCCUGCGGUGGCUCGAGGAGGGGCUCCACUGGCAGUGCGCCUCCGCGGAGCUGGACCUGAAAGUUCGCGCCAAGGCAGGGGCUCCGGACCCCGCCGCGCACGCUUUUCUCUUGGAGCAGCCGCUGUGGGGAGUGGAGCUGUUGCCCGGUGGCCUUCAGGCCCGUCUGUUCUCUGACCGGGAACUUGGCGCUCGGCCCGCGGGGCCUCUGAACAUUGAGCACUUCAGCAACUUGAGCGUCGUCUCCUAUUUGCUGAGCCCUUCCUAUCUGGACUGCCUGCCCCUGUUCGAGCUCAGUUAUCAGAACGGCGUUGCAAGUGGGUUGGCUGAUCUCCAGACAGCCCCAGCGAGCAGCUGCCUGGCCGAGGACCUUUCUCAGCCGCAGCCCCUGAGAGCAGAGGUCGCCCGACCCUCAUGGCAGGGGUGCCCGCCGCUCUCUAGCGAAGGCCUGCCCGAGAUCCACCACCUGCGCAUGAAAAGGCUGGAGUUCCUGCAGCAGGCGAGCCAGGGGCACUCGUUACCCACUCCCGACCAAGACCAUGGCUACCACAGCCUGGAGGAGGAACACGGCCUUCUCCUCCGGGACUUGAAACACGGCGGGGAGAGUGCGACCCAGCUGCUUCCCUCUUCGGAAGCCCAUCCCGCGACCACCCAGGAACCCGCCAGAGAAGAACCGGAACCCUUGACUGAAGAGCUCCCGCUUGCUUUGGGAAGGCAGACUGCCCUGCAGUGCCGGCCCUCGUGUGAGCUGACUAUGACAGAUGAGUCUGCGGAGGACCAAGCGAGUGGAGCCGACUCCUCAGACCUCGAAGACGACCUCCCCGUGUCCACCAGGCCGGCCUGCAGAAACAGACUGAUAGAUUACAUUUUGGGAGGCGCAUCCAGUGACCUGGAGACCAGCUCUUCAGGAGGCGAAGACUGGGAUGAGGAUGAGGACGAUGGCUUCGAUAACGCCAGCUCACUGUCAGAGUCAGACCUUGAACAGGACUCCCAGGACCUUCACCUUUGGAACUCUUUCUACAGCGUAGAUCCUUACAACCCCCAGAACUUCACAGCAACAAUUCAGACCGCUGCCAGGGUCGUUGCUGGGCAGCUCUCGGACUCAGAGAGGGAUUUGUCUGACAGGUCUGAUCUAGAACAUUCUUUCCAGGCUGGAAGCCUUCCCCAGCCCCCUGGCCAGAGCUCUGGGGAGGAAGAUGACUGGGAGUUUAGUGCGGAUGAGGCAGAGAGUCUCCGCCUGUGGAACUCGUUCUGUAAUUCCGAUGACCCCUACAACCCUUUAAAUUUUAAGGCCCCCUUUCAGACAGCAGGGAGAAGUUGGAAAGGCGGUGGUGCCUCCGACAGGCCACCCGGGCCCACUGUGACCAUUUCUGAGUGUCAUACCUUGCUUUCCUGUAAGGCACAGCUCUUGGGGAGCCGCGAAGGUGAAUGUUCAGACUUGGUGCAAGGUGGGGUUCUCGCCACAGAAAGGCAUGUGCACACCAAGAGAAAAAAGGUAACCUUCCUUGAAGAAAUUACCGAGUAUUAUAUAAGUGAUGAUGAGGAUCGCAAAGGACCUUGGGAAGAAUUUGCCCGGGAUGCGUGUAGAUUCCAGAAACGAAUACAGGAAACGGAAGAUGCUAUUGGCUAUUGCUUGACUUUUGAACACAGAGAAAGAAUGUUUAAUAGACUCCAGGAGACAUGCUACCAAGGAUAUGUUUUUGAGCAACUUUAAGAGGAUUGGAAACCUGGCCCUAGCAUAUACCACCUCUUACUUGAGAGGUUUCUUUUAAAAACAAAAUUUGGCAGCUGUCCUUUGACUUUUUUUUUUUUUUUUAAGGAUAUGCACCUAGUUAAUUUUUUUCAUAGGACACC